AGUUUGAAUAAAGAUAAAGCUUGACCAAGAACAACAAAACAUGUCACGUGACUGUGCGGAAAUUUGCCAAACACAGAGGCAAGAUGGCAUCGCACUCGGGAGGAGGCGAUCAAGGUAAAAAUGAGAUUCUGGAAGUUGGAGCUGUUUUGUUAAAAGAUUUCAUAUAUGAGCGAGUCAGAAGGCAUGGUGAAGGCAACGCUGUGGUUACCAGGGAACAGUUGGGAGCGCGAGAACUGUGCGACCCAAAGCACAAAAAACUUGCCCAGUGUCUCCAGCAGAUCGGUGAUGAACUGGAUGGAAAUAUGGAACUCCAAAGGAUGAUAUCAGACUCGUCACUAAGUCCAACAAAGGACAUUUUUAUGAAAGUUGCCAUUGAGAUAUUUUCAGAUGGAAAAUUCAACUGGGGAAGAGUAGUUGCAUUAUUCUACUUUGCUUGUCGACUUGUUAUUAAAGCUCUUCUGACUCAUGUUCCUGACAUCAUUAGAACAAUUAUCAGCUGGACCCUGGACUACCUCCGUGAACAUGUGAUCAACUGGAUCAGAGACCAGGGUGGCUGGGAAGGAAUUCGUUCUCAUUUUGGCACCCCCACAUGGCAAACGGUCGGUGUAUUCCUGGCUGGAGUUCUCACCACUGUUCUUGUAAUUCGUAAAAUGUGAAGAGUUGGACAAACGGAUAAAGGAUUGAAAAAUAAUAAAAAGUUGGCCAGGACAAGAGAAAUCAGAGCAAAUAAUAAGAAGCUAUAGCAUGGCAUGAGCUUCACUCUUUUCUCCUGCCUCGGGGUUGUUAGAGAUCAAGAGUUGGACUGGACGGUUGUGGCAUACUUCUGAAUGCCGUUAAUGAAUUAAGCAGUGCAUGAAUCACUGCAGACUGCAACAGUGGGAGGUUGGCUGAUGGGAAUGGAAAAUACAUUUUUUUAGUAAUUUAUUUUUUAUGGUAUAAAAAUAGGAAUUGUCACUGCAGACUGUUUUCUUGUAGAAUGAUAUAAGGCAGGUUGAAUGAAAUCAGUUUCAGUCUCUUCACAAUAUAUUCUCAUUUGAAUCUUUUGAAUUUGAAUCCUUUGAUUCAGUUUGUUGUUCUCAACUUCCUCCUUAUCAUGGUGUCUGUAUGCGUCCUCAUGCGUUUGUGUUUACUGGUGUAAACCAACACCAAGUGAUGUGGUUGGAAAAGAUGAUAUACAGAAAAUAUAUUGCAAAAACUGCCCAUAUCAAAAAUCAAGUAAUUUUCUACUGUCACUGCAUGUAUUGGAAGUUUUUAAGCCCGUAAUAUGGAUUAAUAUGGAAUAUGUUCUAUAUGUAAACUGAAAUUCUUCCCUUGUCUUUGUUAUGUGGUCAUGCAUCGUGGCCUAAAUGUUUAGAUUUUACAAGAAUUCUGCCUGUAUGUUUUUGCUUUGUCAUACAGAGCAACGAGAGUUAUUUCCUGUUGGAAACCAGGCAGUUGCUCUGUAAAGAAAGUGCACUGGAUUGCUCACAGAUGCUUACCUCACCUUUUAUAAGUACUGUAUAAUGUGGGCUAUUCAAACAAUCAUUCAAGCAAAAUACCUUUGAUAUUAUUUGGUUGUCAGUUGUCAGUGCCUUCAUGUGUUUUUUUUACUCAAACUUUGAUAUUUCAGAUUUUUCACAUUUUCUAUCACAUUUGUAAUGAUUAAGAUUUUCUCCCUGAAAUCCCUUUGCAGUGACCUUGUAUGUUGCAAAAUGGAAAAUAAAAGCUUUAAUAAUUAUUGUAAAA